GCACCGUUUCGCGCCAUCCUGCCCUGGCAUGAUGCCACACCAGACAUACUUCGCCUACAGCGGUAAAACAGGGCGUGUCGCCCUCUCGACUUCCAGUCGUAUAGGUGGGCAUAUAGGUGGCUCAGGACAGCCAGCGGCCAAGCGGCGGCGACUGGACUCGGCCUGGGCUCCCACCGAGGAGCACAGCUCCUCCUCCUGGCGCUGUGAGUGCACGGCCUGCUGUCGGCCCAAGUCAGCACUGGAGGCACUCCCCGCAGAGCUCCUAGACCGCAUCUCGCAGUCCUUGUCACCUAACGAGGUGACAUGCACGCUGCGCCUGCUCAGCCGCACACUGGCAGCCCACUUCCGCAGCCGCACAACCGUGCAGCUGUGGCAGCCAGUGCCGCAUCACGCCUUCGUGCGCCGCUUCGGCCGUUGGUCCGCGGUGCGCUCGAUGCCGCUGGCUCAGCGGCGCAAGCUCAUCGCCCUGACGGCGACCAGCGGCAGCUUGGAGAACCUGCGCGUGGUGGCGGGCGGUCCGGACGUGACGCAGGCGGUUGGCACCGCAGGCUGCGCGCUGACGGCGGAGGUGUUUACCGCCGCCGCGGCGGCAGGCCAGCUGCACGUGUGCAAGGAGCUAUACAGCAUGGGCUGUCCCUGGGACACGAGUGCGGUGGAGGCGGCGGCGCGCCUGGGCGACGUGCGCUUGGUGCGGGCCAUCGUGCGCAGCGGCUGCCGUUGGGACUUCCCCCGCGCCCUGUCUGCGGCGGCGGCGGGCGGGAGCUGGGAGGCGGUGGAGGUCUUGAUGGACUUGCAGGAGCGCGGUCCUCACUACACGGGUGGCGAAUGGCGGGACUACAACGAGGACGGCGAGUCCGAGGAGGAGGAGGAGGAGGAGGAGGAGGAGGAGGACGAGGACGAGGAGGGGGAGGAGGAGGAGGAGAAAGAGGAGGGCGAAAAGCAGGACUUGGAGUCUGCUGGCAAGCCGGCGGGUGGCUGCGCGGCGGCAGACACUGCAGCUCAAGGUGGCGUGGCAGCAGCAGCCGGUCUGUCGCCGCCAAAGCAGCCUGUCGCGCAGCCGAAGGCCACGGCAGCCGCGGCCGUUGAAGCAGACCCAGACGAGGGGUUGGCUGACGCUGCUGCAAGGGCAGCAGCGGCGGCCGCAGACAUAGCGGCGGUGCAGAGGUAUCCACCGUUUCCGAAAUCGCGCGAUUGGUCAGAUGUGACCUGCGCGGCGGCGUGGGGCUUGAGCUUGGAGGUCAUGGUCGAGCUUGCGGUGCGCUGCGGUGCUGCGGAGGGAGAGAACUCGACUGACAUGCACGGUUUUGACCUGGCACAUGCCAUCGCUACUGCUCUGCUCAGCCCCACACCUGACUGGCGCGCAAAGGCCCAGUGGCUUCAAAACCACUGUCCGGACGUGGCGCGGGCGGCGGCGGAGGCGGCUCGGGCGGCAGAGGAGUCAGCAACGGUGGCGGCUCCGGAGUCGAGGGGGCGAGGCCGCAGUCGUCGGCACGAGCUGUUUUGGUUAGUGGUCCCGUACGCAGCCAAGGCGGGCUGGCACCCCAUCAACGGCCAGCUGCCGCCGCUAAGCGCCCUGAGGCCGGAGCAGCUACUCCCGCGCAUGGCGUGGGCCCGGCGCAGGGGCUACAGUGUCACCAUGCCGCCGCCGGAGGUGCUGCCACUCUCCGACACGGCGGCGGUGCGCGCCGUCCUGGCAUGGGUGCUUGAGGACGAGCAGCAGUGGCCGUCCCAUGCUGGCAGCUGCUGCCACACGCACUUCUUCAUCUGCGCCGCCGCGCGAGGCGGCCAUGUCGGCGCGCUCCAGGCAGUUGCGGCCGAGGAGCACCGCGCGGCAGGGGCCGCAGGCAGGGUGCCGGCGGCUGGCAACGUGGCGGCGGCGGCGGGCAGCAGCGACGGUGCGCCGGCGACCGGCGGGGAGCAGGGCCACGCUGGGGCUGGGCAGGGCACGGCAGGCAGGCCGGUGUGGCGGCCCGGCUGGGCUGAGCGGGCCGCGAAGGAGGCGGCGGAGGCUGGGCAGGUGCCGGUGCUGCAGUGGCUGGUGGACACGUGGGGAGGCGAGGCGAUCCUUUCCGAGAAGCUGUGGCGGUCUGCCGCGGAGGCAGGGCCCCACGCAGCUCGCGUGUUCGAGUGGCUCAUGCGCGUGGCGUGCCCCGGCAGCCUGGGCUCGGGCGACGCCGCAGGCGCCGUUCGGCACGCGGGCGCUUCAGGCUUGGCGCUGUUCCGCUGGCUGAGGCAGCGGCGGUGUGCCUUCGGUGAGGGAGUGAUGCAAGCUGCGGUGGAGGCGGGCAACGUGCGGCUAGUGGAGGCGCUGCGAGGUGCGGGCUGUGCGCUGGGACCUGCGCUUUGGAAGCCGGCUUUGGAGAAGGGGCACGUGGAGGUGGCGGAUUGGCUGUGGCGGCGCGGGUGCCCGCUGCCCGAGGAAGUUCCGUACUGGAGGCCCUUCCUGCCCGAGCGGGUGGCGCUGCAGACGCCUGAGCCGCUGUACACGGCCGCCAUCGUGAACGGCGACCUCGGGAUGCUGCAGGAGCUUUGGCAGCGGGUCGAGGAGAGCGAGGCGGAUGUCGCGGCGCGGCGGGGGCGCCGCGUGGCCCUGCCUCAGCUGGCGUACAACCUGUGCUCAGCCUUGUGGAAGGGCAGCGGCCCAGAGGCGUGCCGCAGCCUGCCGCUGAUACGUUUCGUGCUGCACAAGACGGCGCAACCGCCUAGCAUGGACUGGACGAAGCAGAUCGUGUACAGCUGGCGCAAUGUGAAGGCUUACCAGACGUGGGAAGGCCCCGACCAGCCGUACACAGCCGUGACGGCAGACGUGUACGACGAUUGGGUCGCGAAGUUGCUGGCCCGGUUUGAGGAGUGGCGGAAGCUGGCAAAGCUGGCUGAGGGCGUCCGCGAGAGCCACGAGCUGCGUGUGCAUGUUGACAAGUACGGAGGUGGCACGGGUGGCUCACUUGUGGCUGCGAGCCUGCACGCCUCCCGCACGCACUUGACAGCUGCCGUGGAGGCGUCUUGGGCCGAGAUCUGUGCCACGGUGGAGCGCGUGUUGGAGUGGGACCUGUACAAAGGCGAGGAGGAGGAGGAGGAGGAGGAGGAGGAGGAGCUGGAGGAGGAGGAGGAGGAGCAGCGUGCAGAGGGCUUCAAGUGACGUUACGAAGGGGCAUCGCCGCUCCGGCGUUUUGAGUGGUAAUGUGCGACACGGCUUUGAAAGUUGGGAAGGCGGCCGAUUGCAUGAUGGAAUUGAGCGUUAACGGGAGGGGCCUUGCAGUGCAUGCCAGGAUGAUAGGGACGUGAAGUUGUCCCGGUGUUUGAGGACAUUUGGAUCGGACUUCGUCCUAAGGGUGACGGUAGUCCAGGGUGGUCCGCUGCGUUGCAGGGAUGAGUGGCGUGCCGCAAUGGUGCCGUGCCAAUUGCUGCCUUGCACUUUGCAGUCAGAGUGUAAAACUAGUUGGUC